GAUUUAAGAAUCUGGCACUUCCUCCAUCUUUCUCCUCUCUCUCUUGUUUCUCUCUCUAAACAAUGACGAGGUAGGAACAAACGAACCUCACUCCAGUUUCUGUAGUUCAAAUGUGGAGCACCAACGCAAUAUACAGAGAGAUUCUCAGCUCUUGAAGGCGUCCGAAGCUUCACCGCUAACAGUGGUAGCCCUAAUUUCAUCCUCCUCACUAGUGGAGAAGGAAGGUUGUCCGUUUAAUGUCAUCUGUGUUUACUUCCUCCCGCAGCAGCCCUGGGACUGGGAGCUCUCGGCUGCAGCUGCUCGGCGGGGCUGGUGGAUUCUCCCGCCUCAGAUCCUCGUCCCUCAAGAAGCCGCCGGAGCCUUUGCGACGCGCAGUUGCGGAUUGCCUCUCUUCGUCCGCUUUUACGACGGCAUCGCACCAGGGAAGCCCCUCCAUGGUUCUCUCUGAUGCUUCUAGAACUCUCCGGGACUACCUGGCCGCACCUACAACCAUUGACCUUGCUUAUAGUGUGAUCAUAGAGCACACCAUUGCAGAGAGGGAGCGCAGCCCAGCAGUAGUUGCAAGGUGUGUGGCACUUUUGAAACGGUAUCUUCUGAGAUAUAAACCCAGUGAAGAGACAUUACUGCUAAUAGAUCGGUUUUGUGUGAACACAAUUGUUGAGUGUAGCCCAAACCGACGAUUUUCACCACUGUCCCGAUCUUUAAGUUAUCAAUCUUCUGCAUCAUCAGCAACUACAAGUGCCUCUCCUUCUUUGCCUGUAUCUAGUUUUGCAUCUGGAGCACUUAUAAAGUCAUUAAAUUAUGUUCGUUCUCUAGUUGCUCAGCAUAUUCCAAAGCGCUCUUUUCAACCAGCAGCUUUUGCUGGAGCACCGCUUGCAUUGAGACAGUCACUCCCAUCACUCUCAUCUUUGUUGAGCAGAUCCUUCAAUUCCCAAUUAAACCCUGCAAAUGUUGGAGAAUCUGUGGAGAAGAAAGAUGCUACAACUUUAUCUAUGUCAAACUUAUCGAAUAUCGAAGAAGUGGAAGGAUUAGAAGAUUUUGAAUAUAUUGCACCUGACGUUCUGAAAUGGCGCUGGCUUAGGAAACAUCAUUCCUCACCUCUGGCAAUGGAAAGUGAUCGAGCGGUGAAUCUCCAAGAGAUUACACGCAAUUUCCUAGAGGCAGGUGCUGCUGCUUUACUUGUCGGAGAUGUGAAAGCUAAAAUGAGGGGCCAACCUUGGAAAUGUUUUGGCACUGCUGAUAUGCCUUAUCUUGUUCAAUUAUUGCAACCUUCAUCAGUUGCUACAGUAACCAAUUCGGCCUCUGCCCGCUCUCAUUUGAGAGCAAUAACCGCAUCAAAGCACACUAAAGCCGGCCCUCGUCAAAUUUGGGAAGAUUCUCCAAUUGGCACUUUUCGCCCACGUGCUCGGCCACUUUUCCAAUAUCGUCACUAUAGUGAACAACAGCCUUUACGAUUGAAUCCGGCUGAGGUAUCCGAGGUUAUUGCUGCAGUCAGCUCAGAGACACCUUCAUCGCAUGCUAAUGUUAUGACAGUGUCAUCUAGAAUAAGUAAUGCCAGUGGAAAGCCUUCAAUGGAUGUUGCUGUUAGCGUCCUUGUUAAGCUUGUCAUUGACAUGUAUGUACUGGAUUCCGGCAUUGCGGCUCCUCUCUUUCUGUCUAUGCUUGAGGACAUGCUUGGUUCUCCAAAGGUGGCUUGUAGGGUUCGUGCAUUUGAUUUGAUUUUGAAUCUGGGAGUCCAUGCUCAUUUAUUGGAGCCUAUGAUGACUGAUGACACUUCCACGAUUGAAGAAGAGUAUUCUCAAGAAUCAUCUUUUGACAAGGAGGUCCAACUUACAAAGCUUGGAAGGGAAAUGAACUCUGUUGAGAAGUUGGGAGGUUCUUCUGCUAUAGAUAGAUUUGAAAUGUGGAUCCUAAACAUUUUACAUGAGAUUCUUCUUCUUCUAGUACAGACGGAAGGAAAGGAGGAAUCAGUCUGGGCAUCUGCUCUGAGUUGCUUACUUUAUUUUGUCUGUGACAGAGGCAAAAUUUGGAGAAGCCGAUUGGAAGGCCUUGACAUAAGGGUUAUUAAGGAACUUAUAGAAACUAGCAGGCAAAAUUCUUGGGCAGAAGUUGUUCAUAGCAAGCUUAUUUGCAUGCUAACAAAUAUGUUUUAUAGAGUUUCUGUCAUACCUACAGUGGCUGUUUCAAGCAUCCCAAUGUUUCUUGUUGACCAGAUUGACCUGGUUGGAGGAAUUGAAUUUAUUUUGCUAGAGUACUCACUUGCUAUCUCAAGGGAAGAAAGGAGAAAUCUCUUUUUGGUGCUUUUUGACUAUGUUCUGCAUCAAAUAAAUGAAGCAUGCCUAGCUACUGGAGUAUCUGAAUAUAGUGACGAUGAGAUUCAACCUCUUGCUGUCCUACUCUCUCUUGCUGAUGCACCUGAAGCUUUUGAUAUAUCUGUUAAGCUUGGGAUGGAAGGCAUUGGAGAGCUUUUGAGAAGAUCGAUUUCAGCUGCAUUGUCUGGUCCAAACAGUGAACGAUUAACCAUGCUCUUGGAAAGUAUGAUGGAGAAGUUUGAUACUAUAAUUAGCUCAUUUACUCAUUUAGAUAAAGAGUUCUUCCAUCAGAUACAGUUAACCAAGUCCUUCAAGUAUCUAGAAAGUAUUGAGAGAGCCGAUCUAAGAAAUGGUGAUGGCAUGAAAGCAAAGCUAUCGUGGGCAACUUUGCAUACACUGCUACAUUCAGAAAGAAUUGCUUACCGUCGGAAUGGGCAUAUUUGGUUAGGGGAUUUGCUUAUUGCAGAAAUUGGCGAUGUAAGGAAUAAGAGCAAAUGGUCAAAUAUUAAGGACUUGCAGCGUAAAAUUGCUUAUGCUGGAGUUUCUGAUUCUUCAGUUUCUUCAGAUGUUCCUAUGUCAAUUUGGCUCAUGUGUGGACUUCUAAAGUCGAAAAACAGCCGUAUCAGAUGGGGCUUCCUUUUUGUCCUUGGGAGGCUUCUCAUGCAAUGCAAAUUCCUGUUGGAUGAGAAUGAUAUGCAGCACUUAAGCAGCGGUGAUGUUAGUCAGGAAGACGCAGAUAACAACCGACUUGAGAAAGCAAAAGUUGUAAUUGAUGUUAUGAGCAGUGCUUUGUCCUUGGUGGCUCAAAUGAAUGAAACAGAUCGCAUUAAUAUUUUAAAGAUGUGCGAUAUUCUAUUCUCUCAGCUGUGCCUGAAGGUUCCUCCUGCCUCUGCAAUGCCAUAUGCAGAUGGAAUGGUUCAAAGUGGAGUUCACAAUUUCACAGAUGAAAGUAGAAAAACUGAUGCAGGUGAGCAUGUCUCUCAACCAGAGAAUUGUCGCUGGGAUGAGUUGCUUGAGGAAAGUGAUAGCAGAUCCGGCAACAAUAAAAAUAGUUCUUUAAUUUGCGAGACAGCAUCAAUGGCGGCGAUGCUUCUCCGAGGUCUUGCCAUUGUCCCUAUGCAAUUAGUUGCACGUGUUCCUGCUGCUUUGUUUGAUUGGCCAUUGAUUCAACUUGCUGUUGCGGCGACUGACAAUAUUGCAUUGGGUGUUGCUGUUGGAAGCAAAGGGAGAGGAAAUGUUCCUGGUGCCACAUCAGAUAUACGGGCAACUCUUUUGCUGCUUCUGAUCGGUAAAUGCACAGCAGAUCCUGCUGCUUUCGAAGAAGUCGGUGGUGAAGAUUUCUUUCGGGCACUUUUAGACGAUACAGAUUCAAGGGUGGCAUAUUACUCUUCAGCUUUCCUCUUGAAGAGAAUGAUGACUGAAACACCUGAAAAGUACCAACACAUACUUCAGAAGCUUGUCUUUAAAGCUCAGCAGAGCAACAAUGAAAAGCUGUUGGAAAAUCCAUACCUUCAGAUGCGGGGCAUAAUUCAGCUGUCAAAUGAUCUUGGAACUGGUUUAUAAUUUAAUUGAUUAUUUUGUUGGACUUGUAAUGCUCAAGGCAUUCGUGCUCUUCUCUGUAUUGUUUAUUUCACGGAAACAUUCGCGCAGACUUCAGAAAUCCAUAACCCAAUCAUGGCUGAUAUAUUAAGAAUGUGCAAACAUGAAACUACUUCUCUUGCACUCUACAGAAAAACUGGGGCGUGAUGAUACUGGCAAAUUUUGUAACAAUCCUCCAACCUCAGUCGUCAGUUUCAGUUUUGGAUUAGUAGGAAGUACUCUCACAUCCGCCACUAAAUUUAGAUCUAUGCAAUGGAUUAAUGAUGGGCUUAUGCUUGGCAUGAUCUUAGGAAGAACGAUAUUGUGAAGUUUACGUCUGGAGAUCCUCCAUUAAUAAAGUUUUGUGAGAGUACAAGGUGGGCAGGAAUCUUUGGAGAAUUCAGCAGCCAUGAUAUUGUUGAUCGACUUCGUGUAUCUUCAGUUCUCAGUUUGCAUUACAUUUACAAAAGAAACUCUGGGCAAAUUUAUAGGAAUCUUCUCUGUACAGUAUAAGAUUAUCUCUUGGUCUUCAUCUAUCAUUUGAAUUCCUGAGGGUGAGUUAUCUUGGCCUUUUUUGGAACGGCUAUGGUUGCUUAAUAAAAGCCUCAAGUUUUCUUAAGCAUAGAGGUGCAUCCAAUAUCAGGAUUGUGUUUUAGCAUAUAUAUAGGACUCAAAAGAAAAGUUGGAUUGGAUCACAAAGCCGUCCGAUUCUAUUGCUAAGGUCAUCAGACGGUGUCUGUAAUUAAAAGAUAUCUUUGAAGGGUGCCUAGCUUCUUAUUUUUUGGGCUAUUUAGUGUUGAUAAUUGUUUUGAGUUGUAAAUUUGUAAUCUUGUUUUCUUCCUUGUGGUGUGGAGGGAUGUGUUCUCCUUCCACUUAGUUGAGGAGGUUGUAAAAUAGCUGUUGAGGAAUUUGUUCUUUAUAUUGCUCUUUUCCUUUUUAUGCUUUUUAUUAAAUAUAUCAAUUCUUGGCUUCUUGGACUA